AUACCUCUCUCUAUUCUCAACCAAAAUUUCCCGAUGUGAAGUACAAGUUUCUGAUUAACUCAAACCACCGUCACACUUCCUCACUCCGGCCAAAUAAUCUCACCGACAUCGACAUGGCUCCCUCGUCAAGGAAUUUCAACUUCUUUCACCACUUGUCCUCUUUCCUUGUCUUCUCUCUGUUCUCCGUCGUUUCUUCCGACGAUCUCCAAGUCUUGCUCAAACUCAAAUCAUCAUUCGCCGAUUCGAAUCCCGCCGUCUUCGAUUCCUGGAAGCUGAACUCCGGUACCGGUCCAUGUAGCUUCACCGGAGUAACCUGCAAUUCUAGAAGAAACGUUACAGAGAUUGAUCUCUCUCGUCGAGGUUUAUCUGGGAAUUUUCCAUUCGAUUUGGUUUGCGAGAUUCAGAGUCUCGAGAAACUCUCUCUCGGAUUCAAUUCACUGUCUGGAAUAAUUCCCAGUAAUAUGAGAAACUGCACGAAUUUGAAGUAUUUGGAUGUCGGGAACAAUUUGUUCUCUGGUACCUUCCCUGAAUUCUCUUCUCUGAAUCAGUUACAGUAUCUGUAUCUCAACAACAGCGCAUUUUCCGGCGUCUUUCCGUGGAAAUCACUUCGAAACGCGACGAGUCUCGUCGUUUUGAGCCUAGGCGAUAAUCCGUUUGAUGCGACUGCUGAUUUUCCGGUGGAGGUUGUUUCUCUCACGAAACUCUCGUGGCUUUACUUGUCGAAUUGCAGUAUAGCCGGAAAAAUUCCAGCGGCGAUCGGUGAUUUGACGGAGCUUCGGAAUUUGGAGAUUGCCGAUAGCAGUUUAACCGGAGAGAUUCCGUCGGAGAUCUCGAAACUCACCAAUCUUUGGCAGUUAGAGCUUUACAACAACUCCUUAACCGGAAAACUUCCUACCGGAUUCGGAAACUUGAAGAAUCUGACUUACUUAGAUGCUUCAACAAAUCUUCUACAAGGCGAUUUAUCGGAGCUCAGGUCUCUGACUAAUCUUGUUUCACUACAAAUGUUCGAAAACGAAUUCUCCGGUGAGAUUCCGCCGGAGUUUGGUGAAUUCAAGGAUCUCGUCAAUCUCUCUUUGUAUACAAACAAGUUAACCGGCUCUUUACCUCAAGGACUCGGUUCACUUGCCGAUUUUGAUUUCAUCGACGCAUCAGAGAAUCUCUUAACCGGACCUAUCCCUCCAGAUAUGUGCAAGAACGGGAAGAUGAAAGCUCUGCUUCUCCUGCAAAACAAUCUCACUGGCUCCAUCCCUGACUCGUACGCUAACUGUUUGACUCUGGAACGGUUCAGAGUUAGCGAAAACUCGCUCAACGGAACAGUUCCCGCGGGACUUUGGGGCUUACCGAAGCUCGAGAUCAUCGAUAUAGAGAUGAAUAACUUCGAAGGUCCGAUCACCGCCGAUAUAAAGAACGGUAAAAUGCUCGGAGCAUUGUAUCUAGGGUUCAACAAGUUGUCUGAUGAACUGCCUGAAGAGAUAGGUGACGCUGAAUCUUUGACUAAGGUUGAGCUUAACAAUAACCAGUUUACCGGGAAGAUUCCGAGCUCCAUUGGGAAACUGAAGGGACUUAACAGUCUAAAGAUGCAGAGCAAUGGCUUCUCCGGUGAGAUACCGGACUCGAUUGGAUCAUGUUCGAUGCUCAGCGAUGUGAACAUGGCUCAAAACUCACUAUCUGGCGAAAUCCCUCACACGCUUGGAUCUCUUCCGACGCUCAACGCUUUGAAUCUUUCAGACAAUAAGCUCUCCGGGAGAAUCCCAGAGAGUUUGUCGUCUCCAAGGUUUAGCCUUCUUGAUCUGUCUAACAACAGAUUAUCCGGUCGUAUCCCUCUGAGUUUGUCAUCAUAUAAUGGUAGCUUCAAUGGCAAUCCUGGACUCUGCAGCAUGACGAUCAAAUCGUUUAACCGGUGCAUAAAUCCUUCGAGAUCGCAUGGAGACAAUCGCAUUUUCGUGUUGUGUAUAGUUUUUGGGUCACUGAUCUUGCUUGCGUCUCUUGUGUUUUUCUUGUACCUGAAGAAAACAGAGAAGAAGGAAGGCCGUUCGCUUAAACACGAAUCUUGGAGUAUAAAGUCAUUCCGAAAGAUGAGUUUCACUGAAGAUGACAUCAUCGAUUCAAUCAAAGAAGAGAAUUUGAUUGGUAGAGGCGGUUGUGGUGAUGUGUACAGGGUAGUACUUGGUGAUGGUAAAGAAGUUGCGGUCAAACACAUCCGGUGUAGUAGUACUCAGAAAAAUUUCAGCAGUGCAAUGCCGAUUCUCACUGAACGGGAAGGAAGAUCAAAAGAGUUUGAAACAGAGGUGCAAACGCUUAGCUCGAUACGACACUUAAAUGUGGUGAAACUCUAUUGUAGCAUCACGAGCGAUGACUCGAGCUUGCUGGUGUACGAGUACUUGCCUAAUGGAAGCUUAUGGGACAUGCUUCACUCUUGCAAGAAAUCGAAUCUCGGUUGGGAAACACGGUAUGAUAUAGCUCUUGGUGCAGCGAAAGGGCUUGAGUACUUGCAUCAUGGGUAUGAGAGACCGGCCAGCAAUGGCGGUCCAGAUUCCACCCAUGUCGUUGCGGGAACCUAUGGCUACAUAGCUCCAGAGUAUGGAUAUGCGUCAAAAGUGACUGAGAAAUGUGAUGUGUAUAGCUUCGGGGUAGUGUUAAUGGAGCUGGUCACGGGGAAAAAGCCGAUAGAGGCAGAGUUUGGAGAGAGCAAAGACAUAGUGAAUUGGGUGAGCAACAAUCUGAAGAGCAAAGAGAGUGUGAUGGAGAUUGUGGACAAGAAAAUAGGAGAAAUGUAUAGAGAAGACGCGGUCAAGAUGCUGAGGAUUGCGAUCAUCUGCACCGCAAGACUUCCUGGACUAAGACCGACGAUGAGGAGCGUGGUGCAGAUGAUUGAGGACGCGGAACCAUGCAGAUUGAUGGGGAUUGUGAUCAGCAAAGAGAGUGAUGUGAAGAUCAAAGAAAUAAGUUGAUGAUUGAGGGACCAAGUCACUCUUUUGGGGUCUGUUUUGGUAACUAAGAAACUUAGAGAGAGGAUUAAUGUGGAUCAUCUAAAUCUAUUAAGACGUAAGAGUUUAGAUGGAGAAUGUGAUUCUAGUACUACUCCUGGUUAUGAAAUCAUAGGUAUUGUAAUGAUCUCAUGUAAACUAUUUUCUUGUAAUUGUAGAAUUUGAAGGUUUUCAAAUUAGUUAAUGAAGAAGGUCAACUACU